UAGACAUCACAUUAGACUCUCUCAGCACCACAAAUUUGAGCACUGAUAAAAAAUUCUGCUGCAGGUCAGGAUGGCGGAGGUUGCCGACUACAUUUUUUGGGUCACCCAGACCAUCUACUGUGUGACUUUUGUUGUUGGGAUUCUGGGCAACGGUCUGGUCAUCUAUGUGACAGGUUUCAGGAUGAAGAGGACAGUCAACUCAGUUUGGUUUCUCAACUUGGCUCUGGCUGACUUCCUCUUUCUGGUCUUCCUGAUUUUCACGAUCAUUUCUCACAGUCACGGACACCGUUGGCCUUUUGGACAAAUCAUGUGCAAGCUCAACAGUUUAUUCAGCAUUGUCAACAUGUUUGCCAGUAUCUUCCUUCUGACAGCCAUAAGUCUGGACCGUUGCCUGUCAAUCUGGGUGGUGGUGUGGGCACAAAACAAGCGCACCGUCCGCAAAGCUCAGCUCAUAAGUGCUGUCAUCUGGGUGACUGCUGCGGUCUGCAGCAUCCCAUAUGCCACAUUUCGUCGCAUUACUGUGAUUGACAACACAACGUACUGUGUUUCAUCUGAGACAGCUGAACAAAGAUUAAUUCUCACCAUUUUUCGCUUCGUGGUGGGCUUCGUCAUCCCCUUCCUGCUAAUAUUUUUCUGUUAUGUGGCCAUAGCUGUUCGUGCAAGGCGCCUGCAAAGGAACAGGAAACAGAAACCCCUCAAAAUAAUUUUCUCUAUCAUUCUGGCAUUCUUCAUCUGCUGGUUUCCCUUCCAUGUGAUGCAUUUUUUACGAUCAAAGGAUGACGACGCAUACAUCCAUGAAGUUAUCCUUAUUGGAGGACCUCUGUCUAUGAGCAUGGCUUUCAUGAACAGCUGCCUGAACCCCAUUCUCUACGUUUUCAUGUGUGAUGAAUUCCAGAAGAAGCUCAAGCAGUCCAUAUGCCAUGUCCUCGAGAGUGCCCUGGCAGAGGACCACUUGUCAUUCAUGUCCUCUCGCUCCUUGUCCUCACACCUUUCCCGGAUUUCUCGGAAGUCUGAGUCUUCUGCACCUCUGGAGAGGAAAGACACGGCCAUUUCCUUCACAGAAUGCAAAGUGGGUCUAACUGGGGAUUAAGAGUCUGCCCAUGUGUGUACUGUACAAAUCGACAAUACAGUACAUUCAUACAUAUAAUGAACUUCAAUAUUAUGUGAAUAUUGUGGGGUUUUUUUUUUAUGUGAAAGCGCCAACUCACAAACAGAUGUGUCACUUAUAGCUGAUGAGACAACACCAACUGAUAUGUGUCGCACCUGUAUUGACCUCCAUAUAUUUCUUACUUGUACCUUUAGUUGGAUGACAUGUCUCCCAAUGUGUUCUAGGUCUAACCAGGCCGAAUAACUGAAAAUCGAAUCAUGCAGCUUUAACAUGUAAAUAGCCUUUGAGUUUUUUGUAUAACAAUGUAUGUGAAACAUGUCAUGUGAUUCAUUUUGUACCAUCUAACUGCUGUGUUACACUGAUGUGGAAUUACCUGUGAUUCAUUUGAUGCAAAAAAAAA